CACCAAAUUCACGAGCCAUGCACACUGCAAUCACUUACUCGCCGAGUUCCAAGUCUGACUCUAACUGUGAUUCUAAUGAAAAUAGUGAAAGAAUUGUCCACCCUCAAGGAAUGAAGCAUAAAAUACCACAUCGUUUCUGUGAGGUUAUGUGCAUGAGAAAUUCUAAAUGUUGCAUUUGCUUGGACUCUAUGUAUUUAGGAAGAUCAAUUGUUAAAUGUCAAGAAUGUCUGUUAGAAUGUCAUCUGAAAUGUGCUUCAUCAUUGCCAAAAACCUGUGGAUUACCGUCAGGUUUCAUGCAGCAUUUUAAAACUGCUGUAAGAAGUUCUCUGUCAGUCGAUAAAGUUGAAGAAAUUCCAAACAUAUCAGAAGGAUGGAUAAAAGUGCCAAAAAUUAACAAGCAUGACUGGGAUCGAAGAUAUAUGCGCUUUGAAGAUAGUGUUCUUUACAUAUUUGAAACUGCAGAGGAGAAGGACCCUGAUGAAGCUUUACUGGAAAUAGACUUUUUGUCAGAUAAAGCAUCGAUCACAGUAUCAAGUUCGGUUUCUGUUACUGAACUUCCUUAUGCAGCCAAUUCAGAUUUACCAUUUGUUCUGAAAGUUGAAUCAUUUCCCCACACUGCAUGCUUGCCUAAAAGGAUCUUGUAUAUCAUGACAUCUAACUUCAAUGAAAAGCAAAUGUGGGUAUCUGUUUUGGAAAAAGCAGCUGAAAUAAGCCUUUCAGAAGUAGACAGUAGUCAUAAAUGGUUUUCCAUGUCUUUUGAUGCAGCCUGAACAAGUUUGU